CAUUUGACAAAUGGGAGUGUGAGGAAUAUGCACGUGUAUCUUCGUCAGUUUUAACGUCACAUAAGCAGAAAUUCAUUACUUUGUGGAUUUGUUGGUCUGGUCUCUAUCGGCCGGUAUUCGUAGAGGAGAGCCUGCCAUCUUAGGGACCUUCAUUAGUCCAAGAUGUACUCCUCCGUAGCCCAAGUGGCGCGGUCUAAUCCAUUCAGCGCGCCUCAUUUCCAGCUCGUGCAUGAUGGGGUAACAGUGAAGAAGGAAAUCGGACCAGUCCAUGCAAUCACCACCCCUCUGAACCGGCGUUUUGCUGCUGCAGCUGUGGAAGAGGAAUAUAGCUGCUCCUAUGGAUCUGCAAAAUAUUUUGCCCUAUGUGGUUUUGGUGGAAUCAUUAGCUGUGGUACAACACACACUGCUGUUGUUCCAUUAGAUCUGGUCAAAUGCAGAAUUCAGGUUGACCCAGCAAAGUACAAAAGUAUUUUCAAUGGUUUCAGUGUCACAAUCAGAGAAGAUGGUGUGCGAGGACUUGCAAAAGGAUGGGCUCCAACAUUCAUUGGAUAUUCUAUGCAGGGCUUGUGCAAAUUUGGGUUUUAUGAAGUCUUCAAAAUUCUAUAUAACAACCUGCUAGGUGAGGAAAAGGCAUAUGCAUGGCGUACAUCGGUAUAUUUGGCUGCAUCUGCCAGUGCAGAGUUCUUUGCUGAUAUUGCUUUGGCUCCAAUGGAAGCUGCUAAAGUGCGUAUUCAGACACAACCUGGUUAUGCUAGAACACUUAGGGAGGCAGCUCCAAAGAUGUAUGCUGAAGAAGGACUUUGGGCGUUUUACAAAGGUGUCGUUCCACUCUGGAUGAGACAGAUUCCAUACACAAUGAUGAAGUUCGCCUGCUUUGAACGUACCGUUGAGGCCUUGUACAAAUAUGUGGUACCUAAGCCCCGCAGUGAAUGUUCUAAACCUGAACAGUUGGUGGUAACUUUUGUUGCUGGAUACAUCGCUGGUGUGUUCUGUGCAAUUGUUUCACAUCCUGCUGACUCUGUGGUAUCUGUAUUGAACAAGGAAAAGGGCAGUUCUGCUUGGGCCGUCCUAAAGAGACUUGGCUUUAAAGGUGUAUGGAAGGGACUGUUUGCCCGUAUUAUCAUGAUUGGUACCUUGACUGCCCUACAGUGGUUUAUCUAUGAUUCUGUCAAGGUAUACUUCAGACUUCCUCGACCACCACCACCAGAGAUGCCAGAAUCUUUGAAGAAAAAACUUGGUUUGACUCAAUAAGUCAUGGACUUCACUAUUUUACUGAUCGUCAUGGAUUUAAGUACUUCCUUUGCCACCCACCAGACCAAUUUUAUUUAACAGUUUAAAUACUGAAUUUAAUGCAAUUAAGCUCAUAUCCUUCCAUAAGGAAUGGAACACAGCUGUAAAAAUAUUUUCAUUCAGUCUGUUUAAAAUUAAAUAAGUAAUAAUGUAGAAACUUU